AAGCUCCUGACAUCGUCUACUCGUACAACAUCUAUGUGGUCCUGGACCAGCUGUCCAGGUUGAAGGAUCAGGACGUGCGGAUUCCCCAGGAUACCCUCGCAGGCCUGCGCGAGCUAGUUGAGAACAACGACGAGGACCUGUUCAUCUACUUCGAGGAGUACGUGGAGAAGUCAGGCCCGGCUUUCAUCGACUCGGGCGACGCAUGGCGAUCCUUCGUUCGUUUUGGCAAGAAGGCCAUGGAGAUCUAUGCCCUGUCGAACAAGUUCAAGUCGACUAGAUCGAAAGUGGUGAAGAAGAAAGGAGCUGACGAGGAUCUAGAUGGAGAGGAUGAGGCUGAGCAGGACGAGGCUGACGCGGCGACGUCCCAGGGACACAGGAGAGGAGAGGGAGACGCAUCCUCGCAGAGCCCGUCGGAGCCGACUGUCCCUAUCGGAGGCUACGGAGACAUGAUUGAUGAUGGUGACGCAACUCUGGACCUUCGGAAUUGGACGGAGUGCAGGAGCUGUGGCGAGCCAGUGGAUAAGGCAUGGGAUAAAUGCCCGAGCUGCUUCAUUCAAAAACCAAGCGCUAUCAGCAUGUGAUUCUUGCAGGAGUAUCACAAGCCUUAAUAUGUCACUAGAGAGUUCAACACAUUAGCACACACAGUUAUUUCAUUGAACAGUUUCCAAACCC